AACUUCAGGUUGAAAAGAAAUUAGCUUUUAAAAACAUUUCAAUCCCAAGAUCUAAUUGUAAGAAAGUCUUAAAUUAAUUAUUUUGUUUUUGUUUUUCAUUCGUUUUUGGAAAACAAGGAAACCGCCAUAAGUUCUAAUUGUUUUUUUUAAUCUAUUUAUAGUUCUACCUAUUUCAAGCCAAAGAAUUGGUGGAAUUUGAAACGAAAUCGCAUGUUCUCUGCUUUAAUUGAAUAGGGCAAGUAGUGGAGAUUUGUUGUUUAUAAUCUGGAAAUCGAUAUCACCAGGGAUACAUAGUAACUGUAUUUUCGAAAUUUAAUUAGAAACACGUUCCUAAUGUAUUUAUGACCUAUAUAUAUCUAGGUUACUUUCUUGUACAUAGCUUUUGAAAGCUUCUGAAGAAGAUGGGGAAAUCAAGUUUUGGAACCCAAGCAAAUGCUUUGUUUCUGAAAAACAUUGUAUUUCAGCAAAGAAAUCUUGCGGAAAAUGUUAGGCUUAUUCUAUUCCCUGUUCUUUUAUGUGCUGGGAUUUUGGUGGCGCAAUUCGUAGCCUCAAAAUUGAGAAACAUUCAUGCGGAUGGCAAGCAUAAUCCGAUGUCGAUAGUUUUCGGUACUUCUGACGCUGUACUAACACCUGAAAAGAUCCCUGCAUUUUUGCAAAUACCUCUUCCUGAAGCUCGUGCAGUGAGAACCGGGUUUAUUCCAUAUCAAGACUUGCCUGAUAAAUCAUGUAAAGCAACAGGUUCCUGUCCAGUAACAAUACUUGUUACAGGGAAGAAUGAAUCUCUUGGGAAAAGUGUCAUAAAGAACCUAUUCAAUAGUGCACAUUUGAGCUUUUCUCCGCGGAGGCAAGUUUCCUUGAAUUCUUCAACUCCUAUUGAUACAAAUGAUCUUCUCAUGGGGGAACGGGAACAUAUACCUAGUUACAUAAGAGCUGUCAAAAAGAUGAUUUCAAAGUACGAAGUAAUUAAACCCCAGUGCAAACAUAAAGCUAAAGUUCUUAUUCUUCUCAAAACGGCGUCCGUUAAUGAUACAGCAGAGGUAACGUGUGCUCCAGGUUUAGGCCUUUGGCGCAAUAACUCUUUGUUGGUAAAUGAUGAGCUCUUUAAGGGCUAUGCGGAAGGAAAUUCAGAAAAUGAAGCUAACGAGAUCCUUGGAGCUUAUGAUUUCUUAAACACCGAUGAGACUAACUUCAAUUUGAGUAUCUGGUAUAACUCGACAUAUGACAAGCAUUCUACGUUACUACGUGCUGUGAAUAUGGCUUCCAAUGCGUAUCUCAAAUUCUUGAAUGGCACGGGUAUAAAGAUGCUAUUAGAUUUUGUGGAAGGUAUGCCCAUGCCUCCUCAGAAUGACUUGGCAGGCGGCUUGGAUUCAUUCAUUGGUGGUUCUCUUCCACUCUUCUUCACAUGGGUCAUCUUGCAGCUUUUUCCUGUUAUAGUGACAACCCUGGUUUAUGAGAAGCAGCAAAAUUUAAGGAUGAUGAUGAAAAUGCAUGGACUUGGAGAUGGUCCUUACUGGAUGAUAACAUAUUUAUAUUUUCUUAUCCUUUCUUUUGCCUACAUGUUAUGUCUUAUGGUAUCCGGUAAUCUCAUAGGUAAGAAAUUUCACAUUUCAUUCGAAUUUUGUUGCUUUAGUUCACGUCCUAUGCGCUCAAGAAUGUCACUAAUUGAAAAAGCAAUAAUCUCCUUUUCAGGGAUGUCGAUCUUCAAAUUUACUGAACUGAGCGUACAAUUUGCAUUCUAUUUCAUAUACAUAAACCUACAGAUUUCUUUUGGUUUUCUAUUGGCGACAGCAUUUUCAAAUGUUAAGACAGCUACAGUAAUUGCACACAUGUAUGUAUUUGGAUCGGGACUCAUUGCAACGUUUGUAUUCAAGAGUCUCGUCGAAUCCACAUCGUUUUCAAGAGGUUGGAUUGUCAUAUUAGAGAUGUGUCCUGCCUUUUCUCUAUAUCGUGGGCUUUAUGAAUUCCAAGACUACUCCCAAAGAACAUCUUAUGUAGGUCAUCUCGUUAAAAUGAGUUGGAAGGAUGUGAAUGAUGGUGAGGAUGGGAUGAGAGGAGUCUUUCUUCUCAUGAUCGUAGAGUGGUUUGUAAUACUUAUUGUUUCCUAUUAUUUGGAUCAAGUUGUAUCCGCAGGUAGUGGUGUUAGAAAGCAUCCACUGUUUUUCCUAAAUAAAUCGAAGAAGCCACCGGCUUCUUAUCAGCAACCAACUACCCAGACACAGCAGCCAAACAUUCAUGUUGAAAUUGAAAAACCUGAUGUUUCCCAAGAGAGGGAAAAGGUAAAAGAGUUAAUGCUGAAAAAUGAUACAAGUCAUUCCAUCGUCUGUGAUACACUCAAAAAAGUUUAUCCAAGUAGAGAUGGUAACCCUGAAAAAUUGGCAGUAAGAGGGUUGUCUCUUGCUUUGGAGCGAGGGGAAUGUUUUGGUAUGCUCGGUCCUAAUGGUGCUGGUAAAACCUCUUUCAUUAGUAUGAUGAUUGGGCUCACUAAACCAACCUCUGGCGUGGCAUUAGUUAAUGGAUUGGACUUAGCAACUGAGAUGGACGAAAUAUAUUCCAGCAUGGGUGUGUGCCCCCAACAUGACCUGCUCUGGGAAUGCUUAACAGCUAGAGAGCACCUUUUAUUUUAUGGUAGACUGAAGAACCUCAAAAAUUCAGCCUUAACGGAGGCAGUGGAAGAAUCUCUAAAGAGUGUGAACCUAUUUCAUGGAGGUGUUGCCGAUAAACAAGCUCAAACUUAUAGUGGUGGGAUGAAGAGGCGGCUUAGUGUUGCCAUUUCGUUGAUUGGGGAUCCUAAGGUGGUUUAUAUGGAUGAACCUAGUACGGGACUGGAUCCAGCUUCAAGAAACCAGUUGUGGAAUAUCGUGAAACGUGCAAAGAAAGACCGGGCUAUUAUUCUUACCACUCAUUCAAUGGAAGAGGCGGAAGCACUAUGUGACCGGUUGGGCAUCUUUGCAGACGGAAGCUUGCAGUGCAUAGGAAAUCCGAAAGAGCUAAAAGCGAGAUAUGGAGGAUCAUAUGUGUUUACAAUGACAACAUCUGUGAGCCUAGAAAAUGAAGUGGAGAACUUGGUACGUCAAUUUUCUUCAAAUGCAAACAAAAUCUACCACCUGUCCGGCACCCAAAAGUUUGAAAUUCCUAAGAAAGAUGUAAGGAUUGGAGACGUUUUCCGAGCAGUUGAAAAUGCAAAGUCGAGGUUCACGAUCAAUGCAUGGGGUCUGACUGAUACCACCUUGGAGGAUGUUUUCAUCAAGGUAGCUCAAGCCGCACUUGCAUCAACAUCCACCAUGUAGUAGUUGUAAAAGCUUCUCCUAGUCUGAAUUAAAAUCAUUGAGCUGCAGAUGUGAAUCCUUCUAUUACUACCUUCAGAAGAUAUUAAACCUAUCUUUGAUUCAACAACUGGUUUCACUGUUUCCUCUCCUGCUAUUAUGUCCACUUCGACCACAGGUUCGAAAAUUUCGCAGAGCUUUAAUACUUCUUGUCUUGAUUUCACUUGACCUCAACUUGUAGCAGGUUUUUCGGUUAUGUCCUCUUUCUCCACAAAGCCCGCAUUUGAAUUUUCUAACUAGUGAUCCAUCCUUAAGAAAUUCUGGACAGUAAUGUCUUCUAUGGCCUUCCCUUUCGCAGUUACUGCAGUAAAAUCUUGCAUAUGAAUGAUCUUAAACAAGAAAGCAAGAAGUACCUUUCAUUGCAAGGCUUCUCUUGCGACGAUUUUCAGGAUCAUGGAAGAAAGCUUUCACAGAAUCAGAUGCCCUCUUCCUUGCUUCAGCAGUCCCUUUAGCUUUCUGCAAUGCAAAAAAUUAGUAAUUCAUAUGUGAUGAAGUUAUGUAAUUGUUCUUCAACCAGAUUAUGUUCAGAUG